UGGAAUGCAUUUGAAGAUCACAUGAUGAUUUUUGACGAAAAGACCGUACAAGUUUGGAGAGAUGCUUUGAAAAAGGUUGGAGCUAUGAAGGGAUGGCAUGUUACAAGCAAUGACGAGCAAGGUGAGAUAGCAAAUCUUGUUACUGGCGAUGUGUGGUCACAUCUAAGUAAGAUCAGUAAUGCGUUAGAGACUGAUAAGCUUAUCAGAAUUGAUGGUCACAUUGAAGCAGUAGAAGAAAGGAUGACCCUGGAGUCUCUAGAGAGGUCUAUGAUUGAGAUUGUGUUUGAUACCGAAAAGCAAAAAGUGUUCCGAAUGCAUGAUCAACUCAGAGAUAUGGGUAGGGAAAUUGUACGUCAAGAAAACAAAAGACAUCCAUGGAACAGAAGUAGGAUAUGGUUAGAGGAGAAUGAUGUUGAAAUGUUAUAUAACAAAAAGCGAACAAACACAAUCGAAGGCAUCAGAAUGAACCCAUCAUCCGAUGAUGGUGUUGUGGACGAGCUUGAGAUUGUGGCAAACCUUGAGAGCGAAUGCUUUAUGAAUUUAUCAGAGCUGAGAUACCUUGACGUACAAGCUAAGAUGCUCCCUAGUGACUUCACCGAUUAUCUUCCAAACUUGAGAUGGCUUCAAUGGAAGUCUGGAAAUUCUGAGUGCUUGCCUAAGUUUCGUGUGGAAAAUAUGGUGAUUCUCGAACUCUUAACUCCUGUAAAGGAUGAUUGGGGAGGUUUGAGACAUCUCGUGAAGGUAUGGGCUACCGUUUAAUAACAAAUCAUAAAUGGUACUUGUUGAGUUUCUUGAUUAAUAGUUACCGACUGACUAUCGUACAUGCUCUUGUUUUCCCCUAUUUUU